CAUAUUGAGCCGGUCAUGUUGAAGCAGUAUCAAUUACAAACUAGGCGACUGAAAGCAAACAGCUUGUCACAAGGCGCGAGUUGUGGCGACAGCCCCGUCACAGCGCGCAUACCUGAGCUUCUGGAGUGAUUUUAUGUGCAUUCUGACCAUGAAUUCUACGACAACUUAGGAUCCGAGGCAGGGUACACCGCGAGUUUGUCUGUUCUCUGCGGGCUCAGACAGGAUACCGGCCAUCGGUGGCCGAAUAUUAUUGCUGUGCGAACAUUUGUAUAGGUCUACGGCGCUGUCUGGCACUGCCUUGGCUCUCGCACGUCGCAGCUUAGCGAUCGCCUGCCAAUGUCCAGCGUAAAGCGGCUCCUGCGAAGCGCGCGCGAGUGCCUGGGCCGCAAGGAAUACCGUGAGGCGCUGCAGCACUGCAAGGAGGCGCUCGCGGAGGACAAAUCAUGCUACGAGGCCUACGUGUUCGUUGGCAAGGCCGCCUUCUCUCUGGGCGAGGCGCCGCAGGCUCAGGCCGCCUACCGCCGCGCCGCCGACCUGGACCCGGCCAACCCCCUGGCCUGGCAGGGGCUGGCGGAGCUGGCGGCAGACACGGGCGCCUGGUCCGACGCGGCUGAGGCCUACGCGCAGCUGCUGGCGCUGGCGGACGCCGCGCCGCCGCAGGACGCCGCCGGACUGCGCAGCCGCCGGCCCGCCUACCUGCGGCGGCACGCAGAGGCGGCGGCGCGCGCGGGGCAGCUGGUGGCGGCGGAGGCGAGCUGGCGGGCACUGGUGGAGGCCGCGACGGAGGCGCACCAGGCGGCGGCGGCGGCGGCUGGUGGCGGUGGGGAGGCGGCGGCGGCGGCUCUGGCGGCGGCUGAGGAGGAGCUGGUGGAGUGCCUGUGCCGCCUGGCGGACGUGCAGCUGGCUGCUGACACGGAGGAGAUCGAGGCGCGUGUGGCGGUGCGGCUGGCGGAGGAGGCGGCGGCGCUGGCGGCCACCACCAUGACGCCAGAGCAGGCGGCAGCGCUGGAGGCUGCGGUGCGGGGCGGUGUGGAGGGCGAGUGGGCGGAGGAGGCGCUGGAGGCGGACGCCGACCACGCCUCCGCCAGCCUUCGCGCCAUCAUCGCGCUGAGGCCGCCCGCGCCGCCCUACGUCAACUACUACAACGCCUUCCUCAAGCGGCUGCGAAAGUACAUCCAGGCCGCCGCCCCCGGCUCCAUGGACCGGCACGCGCGGCGGGCGGUGCUGCUGGCAGCGGCCAAGGCGACCAUGGAGGGCAGAUGCGGCGACCGGGCGGGCGGCUGCUGCGAUGCCUACCCCUACGAGGCCGCACUGGCCAUGUUGGAGGUGGAGCACCAGGUGGCGGGCGCAGAGGACCCCUCCCUGGACCCCGCCAGCCCCGGCCCCUCCCCCGAGCCGCCCCAGCUGCCGCUGCUGCUGGCCGACUGCCGCGCCGUGACCGCCCGCCUGGCGCACGCCUUCCCCGCAGCCGCAGCCGCGCAGCUGCACUGGGCGCUGGCGCUGCGCCGCCGCGCCGCCGCCGUGGGCUUCGACUGGGCGCCCGCGGCAGUGACGGCGGCGGCAACAGCGGAAGGAGAGGGAGGGGGAGAGCAGCAGCAGAGGCGGCCGGCGGUGGUUGUGCGGCUGCCGCCGGCGGGGGCGGGGGCGGGGGCGGGCGGCAAAGCGGUGCCGGCUAAGGCGGCGGCGGUGGUGGUCACUGCCAACACGCCUGGGGCCCGUCGUCGGCAGAUCGUGAAGCUGCUGCUGUCGGCUCUGUCCCGCGGCGCCCGCGGUGUGGCGGGCUGGCUGGCGGCGUGCGAGCUGCUGCUGGAGGAGGGCGCGGAGGAGGCGGCCCUGGACGCGGCCAAAGAGGGCCUGAAGCUGGUGGCCCACCGGGAGCUGGUGGGCAAGGAGCGGAUGGGCGGCGCGGGGCUGCUGCUGCGGCUGCUGGCGGGGCAGGCGCUGCUGAGGCUGAGGAAGCUGGAGGAGGCGCAGCUGCUGCUGGAGGGCCUGGCCCACGGCGUGAGUGAGGGCCACGUGGCCGCCGGCGAGCUGGCCGGACUGCCGCCCGUCAACGUCAGCCAGCAGGCCAAGAGGCUGCUGGCGCACGUGGCCGCCGCGCGCGGCGACCUGGCCGCCUGCCGCCACGUGUUUGAGGAGCUGGUUGGCGGGCAGCUCAUGGGGCGCAGCGCGGCGCCCAUAGAGGCCUGGGCGCACGGCGAGCUGGGCAUGCUGCUGCUGAGGAUGAUGGCGGCGGGGGGAGGAGGAGGAGCGGGAGGAGGAGCGGGAGGAGGUGGCACGCUGGAGGGCGCGCGGCACCACCUGCAGUGCGCGCUGGCGGCUCUGGCGCCCGCGCUGGAGGCCGCCGCCGCCGCCGCCGCCAGCCCCGCCGCCGCGCCGCUGCAGGCGCUGCAGCGCGAGGCCGCCACCUACCACCUGCACCUGGCCCUGGCGCUGUGGGCCAAGGGCGGCGGCAGCCUCGGCCCCGCCGCGGCUGCUGCCACUGCCGAGGGCGCCGAAGAAGCGGGCGUUGCUACUGCCGAGGGCGGCGGUGUUGCUACUGCCGGUUGGGCGGAGCCGUACCGCAGCGAGUGCCGGGAGCAUCUGCUGUCGGCGGCGGCUGUAGCAGGCCCGCUGCAGGCCGCGGCGUUCACGUGGCUGGGCCACUGGUACGUGCGCGCCGCGGCUACUGCCGGUGCCGCUACUGCCGGGGGUGGUGGCGACGCGGCUGCUACAGCCGGUGCGGAUGAGGCCAAGGCGCGCAAGUGCUACCAGCGGGCGUUGGCGCUGGACCCAGCCCAGGCCGAGGCGGGAGAGGCGCUGGUCCGGCUGCUGCGCGCCGCCGGCCGCACUGACACCGCCCUGGGCCUCGCAGCGGAGAUGGCGGCGCGACUGGCCGCCGCCGCCUCCGCCGCAGCCGCCGCCGCCACGGCUGCGGGCUCCGCCGGCGCCGGCGCGUCCGCGGCGGGUGCGGCAGGUGUGGCGCCGUCGCCCUUCCUGGUGCACCCCCGGCUGCUGCAGCUGCCCGCGGACGCUGCCGGUGCUGCUGCCGGUGGUACUGCCGGUGUUACUGCCGCUGGCGGUGCUGCUACUGCCGUUGGCGCCAACUGGGCCCUGCGCUGCCUGGCUCGGCUGCAGCGGGACACGGGGGCCUCGGAGGCGGCUGUCAGCAGCUACCAGUCGGCUCUGCGGCUGUCGCCCGACGACGCCGAGCUGUGGGAGGGGCUGGCCUCCGCCUACCAGGCACUGGGGCGCCACACGGCGGCGCUCAAGUCGUACGGCCGAGCUCUGGAUCUGGCCCCCGGCCGGCUGUACUGCCGACUGCAGGCCGCCGCCCUGUCGUACCAGAUGGGCGACAUGCCUGCCGCACUGGCGCAGUACCGUACGGCACUGGCGGCGCCGCCCGCGGCGGCGGCGGCUGCUGUGCCUGGCGGCGGUGGCGUGCCGGCUCCGGCGGACCACCCGGCGGCGCUGCUGGGGUGCGGCGAGGUGCUGCUGGCACAGGCGGCCAUGGCUGCGCGCAUGGGUGCGGCGGGCGCGGCGGCGGCGGAGCUGGCAGAGGCGGAGGCGCUGGCGGCACGAGCCGCGCAGCGCUACGGCAACAUGCAGGCGGCCUGGAAGCUGCUGGGCGACGUGCGCAUGCAGCACGCCGCCGUGCCCACCGCCGCAGCAGUAGCAGCCAGCCGCGAGAGCCGCUACAACGCCAACAGCCAACACAGCAGCAGCGGCAGCGGCGGCACGGACAGCAGCAGCAGCAGCAGCAGCAGCGCCGAUGCGGCGGUGGCCGCGGCGCUGGAGGCGGCGCGGGCGCGACUGGCGGCGCUGCGCGCCGCACGCCGCGCCUACGCGGCGGCCCUUCACUUGGAGCCCGGUGCUGCUGGCGGUGGUGGCGGCGGCGGUCGUGCUGCGGGGCUGUGGGGCGACAUGGCUCUGGGGCUGCACCUGGAGGCGGAGCUGGCGGGGCAGCACCCGGCGCUGGCGGCGGAGGCGGGGCUGACGGACGGCGGCGCCGCGCUGCGCCGUCGCGCGCUGGCCCUGGCCCGCGGCGGCCUCCGCCUGGACCCCACCUCGGACUGGCUGUGGGGGUGCGCCGCCACCAUCGCCGCCGCAGCCGCCAGCGGCCCGCUUGGCGACGACGGCGGCGGCGCCGCCGCCGGCUCGGCGGAGCGCGCCUCGGCGGCCGCUACAGCCGAGUACUGCUACAGCCGGGCGCUGCAGCUCAACCCGCGGCGGGCGCCGCUGUGGGCGGCCCUGGGCCGUCUUUAUGCGGCGCACGGGGAGGGGGCGCUGGCCAGUCGCUGCUUCGACUCGGCCCGAAGCCACGAGCCCACCUCCAUUGCUGUGUGGGAGGCCAUGGGAGACGCAGCGCUGCGACGGGCCGCUGGCGGCGCCGGCGGCUUCGCCGCCGGCGGCUCCGCCGCGGCCGCCGCCGGUGCGGUGGCGGCUUCGCCCGCCUGGCGUGACGCCGCCGAUGCCUAUGAGCACGCGCAGCUGCUGGGCGGAGACGUGGAGUCGAGGCUGGGCUUUGCGCUGGGCUCGCUGCUGCUGCGGCACUACGGCGGCAGUAGCAGCGGCGGCGGCGGCGCGGAGGGCGCGGGCGCGGCGGCUGGCGGCGGCGUGCUGGCGGCGGCGACCAAGGCGGCGGCGAUGCAGCCGCUGCUGCCGGCGGCGCACCACGCGCGCGGGCUGGCACUGGAGGCGAGGGGCGACUUCGCGGCCGCUGCGGAGGCGCUCCAAACCGCGCUGUCCCUGCUAGACUCUGCCGAGGCCGCCGCCGCCGCCGCCGCCGCGCCCUCCGCCGCCGCCACGCCCUCCCCGCGGCCGCAGCUGUGGCCCGCGGACGCCGACGCCGCGCCCAGCCCGCGUCUGGCGCUGCAGGCCGACCUGGCGCGGGUGCUGGCGGCGGCGCCGGGCCGCGCGGCGGAGGCUGUGGCGGCGCACGAGGCACUGCGGGCGGCGGGGCUGGGGCUGGGGGAGAACGGCGGCGAUGCGGGCCUGAAGAUGUCGUACGCCAUGGCCCUUGUGCAGGCCGGCCGUGCCGAUGACGCGCUGCCGCACCUCGCUGACGUCAUGGCCGCCGCCGCCGCCUCGCCGCUACUGCGCCUCGCCGCCGCCACCGCGGCCGUACGGAUCCACGUGGCAGCGCGGCGGUGGGACGAGAUGUAUGGCGUCGUACUGGCGGCCACGUCAGACCUGCCGGACGAGGGGCGCAGCAGUGGCGGCACCGGCGCCGGCGCGGGCGGACACGUGGUGUCGCCGGCUGCGGCAGCGCCGCCGGGCGCUGCGGCCGAGGCUGCUGCCAAGCUGUGGCGAGUGGCGCUUGCGGGCCUGGUGGCGGCGCGCGCUCCCGAGCUGGAGCGUGAGCUGCUGGGCGCCAUGCGGCAGUGGUCGGCGGGGCGGCGCGACCUCAACGCCGCACAGCACGAGUGCCGCGUGGCCGAGCUGCUGGUCGCCAAGAGCCGCGCCGCGGCCGCCGCCGGCGGCGACGCGCCUGCGGCCGUCGCCGCGCUGCGGCAGGCGGCACGCGCCGUGCACGCCUGCCCCUCAGACCGGCCCGCGCGCUCCCUGCUGGCACACACAGCGCUCCUCGCCGGGCCCCGCUACGCGGCGGCGGCGGCUCGCGCCGCCCCUCGCGACACACUGCCGCACGACGCCGCCGCCGACCCCGUCCUCGGCCUGGCCGCGCCGCCGUCGCGCGCCCCGCUGGCGCCGUCCGCGGCGGCCGUGCACGCCGCCGCGGUGGCGGCGCUGCCGGCGGCCGCCGCCGCGUCGGCGCCGCCAAAGGCCGGCGCCGGGCCGAGCAGCCUGUCGGCGGCGGCGGCGCGCCACGCGGCGGAGCGCAUGCGGCGGGUCGUUCACGCGCAGCCCCACGAGGCGGCGGCCUGGUACCUGUGCGCCCUGACAGAGGCGCAGGCGGCGGCGGCGGCGGCAGGCGGCGGCGGCGGCGCGGCGCGCUGCUGGCGGCGUGUUGCCGUCGCAGCGGCGGCGGCGGCGGCCCGGGCGCAGGCGGAGCUGGCGUCGCUGCCCGAGCCGCCGCCGCCAGGGGCGGCCGCGGGGGCACCGCCGCGGCCGCCGCCGGGCCUUCCGCCGGCGAUGGCUAUGGUCAUGGCGGCGCAAGCAGCCCGCGCGCACGCGCCCGCCGACCCCCGUGUGCUGGCGCUGCGGGCCCAGCGCGGCUCCCUAGCAGACGUGGCGGUGCGCGCGCUGGCGGUGCUGAGCGAGGCGCAGCUGCAGCUGCACCUCCGGAGCGGUGCUGGCGGCAGUGGCGGCGCUGGAGGUGGCGGUGGUGCUACUGCCACGGCGCCUGGGGCUGACGCGCUGGGACGCGCAUUGGAGGCGGCGAAGGAGUCGUUGAGGGUGGCUGGGGCGCACGCGGGCACAGACGCCUCGCCGGCGCACCGGGCGGCCGCGCGCCUGGCGGUGGUGACGGGCGACAACGCUGCGGCAGAUGCCGCGUACGAACAGGCGUGCCGCACCGCCGCCGCCGCCGCAUCCGCCGCCAACGCGGGCUCUGGCGGCGCCGCCAGUGGUGCCAUGUUCACCUACCAACACCUCCCAGCCUUGGAGUGGGCGGCGGUGCGCGCCGCCGCCGGCGACGCCGCCGGCGCACUGCAGCGGCUGCAGCAGGACGGCGGCGGCAGUAGCAGCAGCGGCGGCCCGGGUGCGGGUGUGGUGGUGCAGGUGGCUGUAGCUGGUGCGCACACGCAGGCCGCACUGGAGAAGGUGGCAGCGGUGCAGAGGGCGCUGCUGCUCCUGGAGUCCGGACAGACGGAGGCGGCACGCGCGGCGGCGGCAGAGGCGGCGGCGGCGCUGGCGGCGCACGGCGCCUGCAGCACUGCGGCGGCGCCCGCGGCCGCGGCGGCGCUGUCGGUGCAGGCGGCGGCGGCGCUGGUGGCGGCGGUGGUGGCUGAGGGAGAUGCGGCAGCGCGGAAGAAGCACUUGCUGGAGGCCAGGUGGGCGGCGCGGGAGGCGCUCAAGCCGCUGAGUGUGUCGCGGCCCGCCGGCGCGCUGGGCGUGCGGCGCAGCGCCCCGCCGCCGGGGCCGGACGGGCCGGGGGCGGCGCUGGCGUCACUGCUGCUGGCGCGCGCGGAGGCGGCGAUGGGCAGGCCGGAGGCGUCGGAGGAGGCGCAGCGGCAUGCGGAGCGGCUGUGGCCACCUUCGGAGCAAGCGGGUGCUGCGGAGGGCGCGGCUGCAGCAGGCGGCGGUGCGGGUGGCGCGGAGGGGGAGGAGGAGGGGGAGGCGGCGGCGGGGCAGCAGGGGCAGCGGCUGCGGCUGGGCCACGAGGUGCACAGCCGGCCGUGGGAGCUGGGCGGCGUGUGGGCACAGAUGGCGGCGGCGGCGCGGAGCUGAUGCCUUGGGAGGUGAUGGCGGGCAAGGAGGGCAAGAUAUAGGGUUUGUGUACUGUGUGAGUGGAUGCGGAGGCAGAGGCGGAGGCGGAGGCUUAGGGUUCUGCGCUACUGGGAAGGAAGGAGCGCGCAGAGUAGGGUGGAGGUGCUGUCGGGUUGGAGGCCGCACGCCAACGUUAUUAGGUAUCAGGUAUCAGGUAGCUCCGCGUGUGAGCCUAAGAGCUGCCGCGCUUGGGGUGGCUGGUGACUGGAC